AAUGCCUCAGUCUGGUUGUGUCUGAGACCCAUUAGUCAUGGUAACUCAUUUCUAUCUAGGUUUUGUGGUCUUGGCUGUCUUAGCAACAGCUGUUGCUGACCCAGAUAUCAAAGUGGUCUGUGCUAAAGACUCUGUGCGAGUGACAUGGAGGGUAGCCCCCCAGUUCGUCCCAUACGCAGCUCGGUUCUUCCUUGGAAGCUGCAUGCCGUCAUCGUGGAAAGUUCUGCCCACCGGAGAGGGAGAAGCACAUUUUAACUACAAAUUCUAUGACUGCAAGUUUACCAAGCGGCUGAAGGGAAAACGCAUAAUUUAUCAAAACGAGCUGAGCUUCAGGCCACAAGCAAAACCGAAGCCUGUCGUCUUUAAAUAUCCCGUCCAAUGUGUCCAGAAACGACCUGAAGGAAGAAUCCCCCACUUCCUAAAUCCUGGCUCAGGUGUUUCUGAGGGACGCAGUAAGCUAGUCUUUCAUGUGGCUCUCCUGAAUGAGCAAUUAACAGGAGUCUCAAAGACGAAUGUGAUUCCCCUCGGCUCAUUCAUACCGAUCUGGGCAGCUGUGGAGCAGAAGUCCCAUCAGCCGCUGGUGCUCCUCAUGGAUGAGUGUGUCGCGGCCUCAACCCCACAGCUGGAACCUGGCAACCAACUUUAUCCCAUUGUUGGCAAUCAUGGGUGUCUGCUAGAAAGUAAAAGGGGAAGUUCACUGUUCCUUCCUCGGUACCAUUCAUCUGCCAUAAUUCUCUAUCUCCAGUCAUUCAAGUUUGGGAUGGGAGAAGAGGUGUACAUUCACUGCAAUCUAAUCGUGUGGGAUGGGGAUUAUGAUAAACGCAGGAAGGCUUGCCAUGUGAAAGAUGGGAGCUGGGAGCUGCUUGAUGACCCUGCUCGGAGCUCUCUGUGCAACUGCUGUGAUAACUCUUGUAGUCCUCGCACCAAAAGGGCAACAAGCUGGGAGCCUCACAGCAUGCACUUCAAUUCUGUGUUGGGACCCAUCAUCAUAGUCGACCAGCCAGGCUCUAUGACGAAUGCCUCUCUGCCUGAGACUGAUGCAGCUGGCUCACAGGAAAUUUAAGUUGAAGCUGAACUCCAAGGUGCAGCCUGUGGCACUAAUUUACAAGAUUCUGGACACCAGUUUUUUUUUUAAGAACCUGAAAUUGCCUGACUUGAUGCUGUUGUGAAAUAAACCCUGCUCUAAUUUAGACUCUCUUUUUUUAUUUUUAUUUUUGAUCUUGGUUUAUGAGUGAACAUGUGCAAUAAACUUCACUAGAUUAUCUUAAAGGUAAAUCUUUCAACUGCUAUAUGAAAACUAAGUAUUUCUCCAUCAGUGAAACACUUAUUCAUGGAUUGAAAUCCAGAACUUAUUUUUAUUUUUUCCUUGACAAUUUGUAUUGGCCAACAUUAGUUUAUGGUCAAACCCUAACUUGAAAUGGCAAUGUCCUACAAGGCUGGAGUGAGCCUAAAGUGCCACAGCAUAGAUAAAAGCUUGGCUUUCAUUUGGAAAUCAAGGUUCGCAAGUGACACUGAAUUUUAUUUUAUUUUUUUCUCCAAGGCUCCCAUGUCCUUGGUGUUUAUAAGGAAAUGUUAUGGGACUUUCAUUUUCAGCAGGACUUUCCAUACUUGCAGUACCAAAAGCUCAAAAGAAAUUAUUUGGCCAGCAACUUGAACUCUAUACUUGGCGUAUUAAAGAUGAGACAUCAAAACUAAACAUGACUAGAAGGCCACUAUCAAAAUAAUCUGGACUUCAUUAUACUUCAGCAAAACCCACAGGUUUGUCACCUCCAUGCUAUGCUGUGAACUGACAUUGUUUAAAAUGUCCUUUUUUCUUAUGUAAUUUUUUUUCUGCAAGUCAUGUUACAAGAAAUAGUCCUGCAAUAAAUUUCACUUUCUGAAAUGAG